AUGACGCCUCGCCAACGAAAAAGCUGGGACAGGUACCGUCCGUCUCCGCCGCCGCCGUCGCCAGAAACGCUGAGACCGUACCGACUACCCCGCACGCACAUGCUCUUCUGGCAAGUGGACCUGCCGCCGAGCUUCUGGAUCGAAUGGCACGCAAAGUGUUUUCUGAUCCUCUGGACGUUCUACACCCUCAGCAUAUUCUACAACGGCGCCGACGACGUCAUCUGGUUCCAGGGCAUCAGUAUGUUUGUGUUUUGCAAAUUGUGUGUCGAAUUCUCAAUUUUUCAGGCCUCGGACUGCCAAUCUGGUACCCGUUUGUCAAUAUUGCGUUUUUCGGACUCCUCGCCCAGUUUCCGUACAUGUGCAUGCUGACACUCGCCCUUUUCCAUGCCGUAAGUUUCAUUUUUGCAAACUGUUCACUCGAGAAACGAACAUUUGCCCAUGCGCCUUUAAAAUUCAAGUCCCGAAAUCGGCCCGUUUACAAUUAUAGUCGUUUUUUUGCCGUUUAGGUCGCCAUCGGACUGUGUUGUCUCGUCCAACUCUACAAUCACGCGAAUUUUGGAGAGGAGGAUUACCAGGUGACCGACUCGAGCUACAUGGUCAUCUAUUCGUGCUACUUUUGGCUCGGUAAUCGAAAUUCGAGAAAAUGUUCACCCGAUUUUACGUGAUUUUACAGUGUCCGUGUUCCAAAUCUGGAUAGUUCCGCAAGCAAUUCGAGAGAGUCGCAAACGCGACGCCUACGUUCAGUACCUAUUUUCGUAA